CCCCGUUCCUAGAGCGGCCGCUCGUCCGGCCGCGGGAGAAGAGCGGCGUGGGCUGCGGGAACGGCGAGGCAGCCCGAGACCCUAGAGGGUCACUCAGGCAAUCGGCCUGGACUUCCGCCGGUGAGGCGGCCACUGCAGUGUGCGAGCUAGGGCUAUUGAGGGUCGCUCCGCCCCGUUCCUAGAGCGGCCGCAGCGGUGGCGGCAAAAGGCCCACACUUCCGGCGAGGCGCAGGCCCGGCAAGGGCGGUGGCGGGAGAGAAAAUACUGAGCUCUCUAGCUUCAGGACAUGAGACUUUAGCUCAGAAGACAGUAGACACUCUGGCGAAUACAUUCGGCUUUUCACCAUGAGGCGAGCAAAACCUAAAGGGAGUAUUUCUCGGGGCUCAAACCAAGGAAAAGCUUUUGAGAACAAGAGCAAGCGUAAGACAGUCCGUCAGCGACAGAAAUGGGGAAUGACCAUUCGCUUCGACUCUGGUUUGAGCAGGCUGAGAAGAAGCUUGGAUGAGAAACCCUACAAAUGCACUGAAUGUGAAAAGAGUUUCAGUCAGAGUUCAACUCUUUUUCAGCACCAGAAGAUCCAUACUGGAAAGAAAUCCCAUAAAUGUGCUGAUUGUGGGAAAAGUUUCUUCCAGAGCUCUAAUCUCAUUCAGCAUCGCCGCAUCCAUACCGGGGAAAAGCCCUAUAAAUGUGAUGAGUGUGGAGAAAGGUUUAAACAGAGUUCAAAUCUCAUUCAGCACCAGAGGAUCCAUACUGGAGAAAAACCCUACCAGUGUGAUGAGUGUGGCCGGUGUUUCAGCCAGAGCUCCCACCUUAUUCAGCAUGAGAGAACCCACACUGGGGAGAAGCCCUACCAGUGCAGUGAGUGCGGCAAGUGCUUUAGCCAGAGCUCUCAUCUGAGGCAGCAUGUGAAGGUGCACAAGGAAGAGAAGCCUCGGAAAGGCCGGGGUAAAACCAUAAGGGCCAAGCCUCAUCCAGUAACCUCCUGGAAAGCGGGGGCAGGAAGGAAGUCAGCGGCUGGUCUCCGCCAAGGAAAGGGCACUGCUUCGAGCCUUUUUAAAAAAAAUAAAAAGUAAAGAUAAAAGCUCUCUCUUCGAACUGGGAAUGCUUAAUAGUAGAGGAUUUAGAUACUGAAUCCUUCCCUAGCAUGGAGACAUUGGGGGUUUAGUGACACUGGGCUGAUGCUACAUGGGUCCAGUUGCCCUCAUUUCUUUUUUAUGUGACAGAGCAAGAAGAACUGAAAAUGUGCUUUUAGAACUGGGGCCCCUUAUUAAUAGAGCACUUCGAUAUUAAUCUAGGAUCUCUCCCUAGCAUGGAGAUGUUGGGAGUUUAAUGUCAUUAUUGGGCUGAUGCUAUAUGGGUCCAACUGCCCUCAUUUAAUUUUAUGUGAUAUGGAGCACGGAGAACUGAGAAUAUGUUUUUAGAACUAGGGCCACUUAAUAGUAGAGCACUUAGAUAGAAGAGCCUUCCCUGGGGUGAAGACAUUGAGGGUUUAAUGAGGGCUGAAACUGUGGGAGUUCAGCUGCUCCCUUUUGUUAAGUAUGACGUGGAUCACAAGGAAUUGAAAACAUGUUUUGAGAACAUAAGAUCCUUGACCUCAUUUGAAAUUCUUUCCUGCAUCAUUUUGACAAAAAGCAUGUUUUCACAGCACAUUAGCGAAAAUGUAGGUAUGCCCAUGAUUACUCAGUUUUAGGACUUUAUGUGGAAGGAAUGAUUAAAGGGAAAAGGAAAUAAUUUCAUUAGUUUUGAAGUUCUACAACAAAUUUUGAGCACUUAAGUUUGUAAAGUUUAGUAUAUUAACUGUUGGUUCAUGAUUGAUUCAAGAUUGAAUUAAUAAAAUGUAUUCAAGUUCACAGCUUAUUAAUCAACAAAACCCAUCUGUUUUAGCUUUCUUCUGUACCCUCCCUUUUUGUUCGUUUUUUGCCAGUUACUAAAGGAGUAAAAAUGGCCCUGCUUUUCACCAUGACCUUCAUCAGAGUUCGUAAAGAGUCCACAAGUCUCCUGUUCAUACAAUACUGUCAUUUGUCAUGAUGUUAUUCCUCUGUCACUUACUUUCCAGAAGGUGAAAUUGACUUGUGUUCAUUCCCAUGGCCUCUUUGGGCAUUUUCUUGUGUUCUUAACUGAGCCAGCCUUUUAGAUCUACAUGAAUAAACAAACCACAUCUAACCAACAAAAUCUCAGCUUGCUUGUUAAAAUAAUAUACAAUUCAGAGACCUUCCUGUCUUCAGGACUGAGCCUUAGAUAAAUCUGUUUAUCUCAGACAGAUGUUUGUCAACAGCAAAAGUUACUUAAUAUGUCAGUGCAUUGUAGCUUCUUUAAAAGUUACCUUUUCUGUAUUACAAGAAAUGUUUAAGAAGGCUAGAAAACAUGUUUCUUAACAUCCUUCAAGAUGGUGCCAAGUGUCUUGCAUUUCUGAUCAACCUUCAGCUCAGGUUUUCAUUUCUAUUGAAUGCCAACAUUCUGAUUUUUUGGUAUAUUUUGUAAUCAUUUCCUGCUGUAUUAGUUACAGUUCAUAAAAAUAAAAUAUUUUGCAUAGUA